UUCUUUCUGUUGUUGAACCCAGAACCCUAAACAACAAACUUCCUGCAUGUCUGAGUUUGACUGCACCCUUCUCCACUUCCCCCUCUGAACUUCUCCACCCCUCUCUUCAGCUUCUGCUUUGCUCUGCUCUUCCUGAGCUCACUCUGUCGUUGGCGUUCGCGUUGACUGGCCAGAGUCCGCGAGCUGAGCACCCUCUAGCUUUUUCACCUCUCCCAUCUCUGCAACUCUAUUUAUCACCAUUCUUCUCUCCGGUUCACAAGGUUCCUCUACCCACUUCCUGAUCUGAUUCUGGCAUCUGAUUGGCCAUGGCAUACCAUAGCUUCCUUCUGGAACCAAUUAGCUGCCAUGCGUGGAACAAAGAUCGGACCCAGAUUGCCCUGUGCCCCAAUAACCAUGAAGUUCACAUCUACAAGAAAGAUGGAACCAAGUGGACCAAAAUCCAUGAGCUGAAAGAACACAAUGGACAGGUAACAGGUAUUGACUGGGCUCCAGACAGUAACCGCAUCGUCACUUGUGGUGCUGACCGUAACGCUUACGUGUGGACCCUGAAAGAGGGAUCAUGGAAGCCCACCUUGGUUAUCUUGAGGAUCAACCGGGCUGCUCGCUGUGUGAAGUGGUCACCAAAGGAGAACAAGUUUGCCGUCGGCAGUGGUUCAAGACUCAUUUCAAUCUGCUACUUUGAGCAGGAAAAUGACUGGUGGGUGUGCAAGCACAUCAAGAAGCCGAUCCGUUCUACUAUUCUGAGUCUGGACUGGCAUCCUAAUAACGUGCUGCUGGCUGCUGGAUCCUGUGACUUCAAAUGCAGGGUAUUCUCAGCCUACAUAAAGGAGGUGGAGGAGAAGCCUGGCCCCACUCCUUGGGGCAGCAAGAUGCCAUUUGGGGAGGUGCUGUUUGAAUCUGGAGGUUCUGGAUGUGCUGCGCCAUCAUCAGGUGGAGGUGGUGGUUGGGUGCACAGCGUGUGUUUUUCGCAUUCUGGCAACCAUUUGGCCUGGACAUCCCAUGACUCCACAGUGUCAGUAGCUGAGGGAGGAAAGACGGGCACGGUGAGCAGCCUGAGCUCGGAAACUCUUCCUCUCCUGUGUGUUACCUUCAUCACUGAGAACAGCUUAGUUGCUGCUGGUCAUGACUGUUACCCAAUACUGUAUGUAUAUGAUGGUGCGAAUGCAAGCUUGACAUUUGGUGGCAAGUUGGAUGUUCCCAAGCAGGCAGCUUCGAAGGACAUCAGUGCCAGGGAACGCUUUAAGAACCUGGACCGUCGAGCCUCUGAGACUCAGAGCACUGACAAGGACCUGAACACGCUUCACAAGAACAGUAUCAGCCAAAUCUCAGUGCUGGAGGGAGGAAGAAACCAGUGCACCAAAUUCUGUACCACUGGCAUGGAUGGAGGAAUGGGCAUCUGGGAUGUCAAGAGCCUGGAGUCUGCUAUGAAGAAUUUGAAGAUCGUGUGAGCUGAGCUGUACACCAAUGUUCCUAAAGACAUGAAGGAAUCUGCUUCUAUAUUACAAAAAGCUGUUUACCUGUAUUUUAUUCAAGUAUUUCUUUAUACACAAAGCAAAACCAUCAGUUCUGUUCCAACAGUGCAUGUAGUCUCCCCAAGGCAUUAUCCUGACUCAUUUGAUUUGUUGCUCUGUAGGAGGGGCUGACCUCAAGUCUGCAAAUGGUACUCAAUGAGUUUUUAAAAGAGCACAAAGUGAGCUGAAUGCUUAAAGCAGCUUUUACAUGUUUUAACCACAGAGAGUGGUUUCACUGCUUAUAUUAAAAGCUUAUGCUGGACAUAACAUAUGUUUAAUAAAUGAUUGUUGUGGAAGUGGGUCAAAACA